ACUUGAAGCCAAGCAUCCUUGAUUUGACAGUUUUCACAACAUGGUGAAACGCCUGCUAUUGAUGAACAAAGAUGAUGGAAAAUAGUAUCUUGACAAAAAAGAAUGGUUAUAAGCUCCAUGAAUCAAUGCUCAGGAUCAAAUAACUGAAUUGAGAUCAACUUAAAAACUAUCCAAUCCUGUGACUCUACAAGAAGUAUGCACAUCCAAUUAUAACAUCUGCACAGACUGACUCGAGGACAGCAGUUCAUCACCCUCCUCAUAAUGAUACAAGAGUACAUCAUCGCCACCCAUGACGAUGGGCCUGUGUCGGUGGAGAACUACACAUGGCUGCCACCGACCCCAGUCGAACGUACAGAGGGAGCCAUCUUGAUUAUGGUGGCAGUCAUAGGUGGCCUUGGCAACCUGGUAACAAUAGCAGCCAUCUUUGUAAUCCGUAGUUUCCGAAAGUCCUCUUCUGCUUUCCUCUGUCAUCACUGCUUGCUGGACAUUAUCAAGUCGCUGAUGUGUAUUCCAUUUGGCUACAGUUUACUAAUGAACACACAUGUGCAGUACUGUAACACUCUGGGGGCCUCGUACAUCUUCCUGAUGACGCUUACUGCCUACAACCUUCUCGCCAUCCUCAUCAACGAAGAGUACCAGCUGCAGGAGGGCAAACGUCAAACAAGGGGAGACUACUGCUGUAUCGUCUUCGGGCUCUUCAUGAUCUGGUUCACCACCAUCCUCCUCCACCUUGGUGUCGUGUUCAUCCCUGGCACCACUGAGUACAACAACGACAUCGGCAGCUGUGUCUUCCUCUACGGCAAACCAAGCAACUAUGUGAUCCAUGUUCUGUGGGUGCUGUUGGUGUCGGGAGCCUUGAUGGUGUCUGUCAUCAGUUUCGUGCAAUUUUAUCGCAAGUUACAUUCUCAGUCUAAAUGUCACAGAUGGACACUGAUCCAUCAAACGAUUUCCAUGGAAAUGAAUGCAACCGAUUCCUCAGACGAUGAACAUCACAUAGAAUUUGAUGACAUCGCCAAAAAGAAAGCUUUAAAGAACUUGAAGAUCUACAUGCGUCGUGUGAUCAUUAUGGUGAUGAUGGUGGGGUCGUACACUUUGUUCUGGUAUCCUCUGUUCCUCCUCACACUGUUUGACAUUCACUACGCCCAGCCUGCCCACGUGUACCGAUACCUCACCAUCUUCGCUUGGACUCAUCCACUCACGACACCUGUCUUCUGCGGCAUGAUACUGUACGACCUUUUUCAACGUCAGACUCUCACGAGAGAGGUGUACAGCAACUCGUUGCCCAUGAAGACGUCCCGAUCUAAAGAAGCACUCCGACACAAACUACAUCAGAAGUACAAAGCUUACGACACAGGAUUCAUGAAUGAGAACUUUGAGUCUACCCCAUCCCAUCAGCCACUUCGAGGUGGCGCCAUGAACGACGAUCCUGACGGAAGUGACAAUGAGAGGUUUGCAUCGUCCGAGCAACCGCUUACUUUAAACUACGAGGGAUCCACACUGAUAUACUGAUGUGGUGAGAGGAGCUGUUGGAAUCAGUGAAUUGUUAUAAACAUUCCUUCCCAUGAAACACACAAACAGUGAAACCUGGAAGUCAUGGGGACCAUCAAUACAUAUCAAGGAAUCAGUCGAUACAAAUGGUGAGACUAGGGUGGUUAGAUGUGAUAAAUCUGUUGAUUGUAAUUGUGUGAGGCGGAAAAUAUGACACAAGUUUGAGUAGUGUCAGUUCAUCUAUUAAUUCUUCUCAACUGGUCUCCAGAUGCAGAAAAUGAAAAAAACAAAACAGGUGACCUGCUAGCGAACACUAUGCCAGCAUGAAGUGACACCAGUCGGCACUGGCGUUCAGUAAUGGUUGAUUAUUUAGUAGAAAGAUUAAUGCACACGAGCGAAUGUACUUGCGACUUGCUUCGACAAUAGAGUGCUUACUUCUGCCACAUAUCACGAUGUUUGCAAUGGUAACAUGUCGUAAAAGUACGACAUAUAACACUGGAAUUAAUCAUUUACAAGAUGCAAACUUUGCAGAAGAUGAGUGAAGUUUAACAAACUAUUUUCAGACACUUGAAACUCUCAUCACAAUUGUAGACAAAGUAAUAUCAACACAGCAUCCAUCACUUGAUUGUUCCGCCUGGACUUACAGGCGUGUUGGAAUAUUGCUGAAACAAACAAACAAACAAAAGCAGAAAGGUGACGGAUGCUGCUGGGGCCCUACAGUUUCACUGUCUUCAACAACAAAUGGAAGGAGGUAAAACCAUCAGCUGGACCAGUUGUUCCGGUACAUAGAAAGACUUAUAUGAAGGAAAACAUCCCAAUCUUGUCACAGACAGAACAUCCUGGCUGUAGUACCAGUUAACUCACAAGAAGCCAAAGCUGACUUUCAAACCCAGUACUAUUUCUUGGAUAUUUCAGUGGCAUUAAACUGAAAGACAGUUAACACACAGACAGUAGCACACACCGUGACGCAGUACUGGACUCCCAUGUGUCCUCUUGUGACAGGAACAUUAACAUCAACCUGGCAACAAUGUUCUAAUGUCUGUCAGAAACCAUACACCCUAUCUGAACCUUUACAAGGUAUUAGGUGUGAGCAGCCUGUUCUGGAUAUUGAGCAACAUGGCGGCCAUAGUCGGCUGAUCAGCA